GGAGGUAACCUGCGGGUCUUGGCGGCCAGGAGACGUGAAGCCCGGCUGUUAAUGAGGAGGAGGACGGAGCUCUAUUUCCGCACCGGACCUCGCUCGGCCUUACCGUGUGCGCUCUUACCGCCGACCUCUUUACUCGGAAGAAGCGCCGGAACACGCCGAACAGCCGGUGUCCGCCACUAAGUCCGUUUUGUCGCGUCGAACACGAAGCGUGAAGGAGGAAGAGGAGGGCGACGGAAGUUUUGUUUGUUUUCCCGGGGAGUUCAGGACGCUCGGGGACUGCCUGCCUGGAGAAUCCCGAAUUUCAGUGCUCCCCCCGAAAAUCUCCCGGGGCAACCAUUCUCCCGAAUUUCCACCCGGACAACAAUAUUGGGGGCGUGCCUUAAAGGAAUGGUUGAGCCCAGCCCUCCAGCGCUACACCUCCUCUCCAGCGUAGAUGCCAGCAUGACAUGUGUUGGUGUCAAAGUCGAGCCGGAGGACAUCACUGGAGGAGCAGGACUCUGCACAACCAGGUCUACUCUCAAGAUGUCUCCUUCUCACGACUGGACAGGGAAUCAACAGCUGGUCGCUCGUCAACUCACGCCACCGCUCUCCUGCUCACCUUUGGAGUGUUCUUUAGGUAAGGACUUGCUGCGCAUUCAAAGCCCAGGAAUGCUCAAGGAGACCAAGAUCCAGGAUCCUUGCAAAGUAAUGGCCAGUUCUAAGGAAGGAACACCAGAGUCUCUGGCAGAGAAGGAACUCCAGCUACUAAUGAUGAUCAACCAGCUGAGCGGACUGAGGGAGCAGCUGCUGGGUGCCCAUUCCGAACAGAGGAACAUGGCCGCCCUGCUGCUGGAGAAACAGCAGCAGCAGAUGGAGCUGGCCAGGCAGCAGCAAGAGCAGAUUGCCAAACAGCAGCAGCAGCUGAUCCAGCAGCAGCACAAGAUCAACCUUCUUCAGCAGCAGAUUCAGCAGGUAAACAUGCCUUACGUGAUGAUUCCAGCGUUCCACCACAACGCCCAGUCACUUGCAGUCCCCUCUGACCCACCGAUGGGUUUGCCACUUCAACCUAUCCCGUGCAAGCCAGCUGUGGACUAUCCCAUGCUGCUCCUGCCCAGCCCCUCCAAGAGUACCGCUGGUUCUAUCCGACAGGAAGCCGGUCAGCCCUUGAACCUGACAUCCAAGCCCAAAGGGAUGGAGAUGAGUAAAGCACCGAGUCCACAGUGUCUGGAACUGGCGUCUUUGGCCAUGAAUGGCUCCUACAGACACAGGGAUCGGCUAAGGGACUCAUCUGAUAGCCCGCCGCGAUCUGCCCUCAAUUUCCACAGGAAUGGUGAUGUGGUCACACAGGCCAUCCAUGACGCCCAGCAGCUGCUGAGGAGCCACAACACCGGGGUCCAGGACAGGGCCAGAGACCGAGAAACACAGAGGGAACACAACAGAAAAUUGGAGAAGAAAUAUCCUUCAUGUGCUGAGCGGCGUCUUCACUCGGAGCCGGCAGAGGACAGACACGCCAUGGCGUCCACUGAUGACCACCUCAGCAGCGACUCGGAGUGUACCCUACCAGUCCAGGUCUACCCGGAGGUCUGCCCGCCUCCAUCGUCAGGCCACAUCAAGAGACCCAUGAAUGCCUUCAUGGUCUGGGCCAAGGACGAGCGCAGAAGGAUCCUGCAGGCUUUCCCAGACAUGCACAACUCCUCCAUCAGCAAGAUCCUGGGCUCCAGGUGGAAGUCCAUGUCCAACCAGGAGAAGCAGCCUUACUACGAAGAACAGGCCAGGCUGAGCCGGCAGCAUCUGGAGCGAUACCCGGACUACAAGUACAAACCUCGACCCAAACGCACCUGCAUCGUGGAAGGACGCCGGCUGAGGGUGGGAGAAUACAAAGCCAUGAUGAAGAGUCGCCGGCAGGAACAGAGGGCCACCUACACACGCAGUCCCACAGAAGCGGCGCCCCUCCACUACUCUCACAGCGACGCCUUGUACUCGGCCGGCGGGGGCGGUUCUUCGGUCUCCGUGGCGGCCAUGUCCUUCCACUCCUCCCUCCUGGAGCAUUACCUGCCGCAGGCCCCGCCCACGUUGCACGGAGGGGAGGCCCGGGCCACGCCCCCCCCAAAGCGGCAGACGGCGAGCGAGCGGGACCAGGCGCCGUACAGCGAAGGGGAGGAGAGCGACGGCGGGGAAAGAAGCGAGGGAGAACUGGUGCUCCUGACGGACUGAAAGGAGGAGACCCCCUGGGGGGGAACACCAAGAAACGGCGGCGGAGCGGUCGACUCCCAAUCUCAAGGUUGUACGUUCGAUCCCCGGUCCAAAACUCACUUCCUGUCAGUUUCUGUCCAAGUCAGGAAGGAAAAAGGUAAUUUGUCGCCUCCCAGAGGAAGUAAAGAGAAGUGCAAACACAAUGCAGUCUCAUCACAUCCCACUACUGCCCCCUGCUGCUCCACUCAGGUCAUUGCACUGGUUUUUUUGGUCAUUGCAGUGGCUUCCCAAGUCCCACCACAUUAACAUCCAGUAGCCCAGUAGGCCUAAGCACUCAUUAAAUACAACGUUGAGGUGUUAUUUAACAAGUUUAUUGAAUGUUUUGGCCACUGUAACGUUCACACUGUGCCUAAAUAUAGGAAGAUAAAACACUGUACUUUCAUCAAGGGAUUUAUUGGGGUACCACUAGAUGGCGCUUCAAGUCAUCGUUUGAGUGUCAUGAAAAUGGAUGAAAUCCAGACCCAAAAACAUUUUUAAAUGCGCAGUUUUUAACUGAAAAUAAAACUUUAUUUAUAGAGCACGUUUAAAAGUGACCACCAAAGUUCUGUUGAAAAGGAGAACCCAGCAAACACAAAACAGAACGUGAUGAAAACUAAAUAAAUCAAACAUAAAAACAGGUGGACAGCAGGAUGGAUCAUGCACACCUGUUAAAAGUACACAAAUAACCUUGGUGAUGCGCUUUUAUUUUGAAAGGGCUAAAAAAAAGAAUGAAGGUCGCUUGUGUCAGCUAAAACUAUGAAUUGAGCGUAUGAUUAUUCAUCCAAAAUAAUCAGUGGAUCACUAAAAAAACAACACAAACAAACCCUAAAGCUGUAAAAUAAAAUAAUCAAUGAUUAUUGAUAUCGCCCUAAAUCACUAUUGUCUCAAAGGGCUGCACAAACCACAAAUAUAUGUGGAGGUUUUAAUCCCAGACCUUUUCCUGUCGAGGAUGGCUAAAAAAAAAAAAAGCCCCAAAAAUGUCAGUCCAGGGUUCGAACCUCCGGGCAUCUCCAGUUUCUGCCCACAUUUACAACAAAAAAAGGACUUAAUUAAAGACAUGAAGUUUAUACGAGUCCUGUGAUUGGCUGGUCAAACACACCUGACUCAGGCUUACCUGUCACCCUAACCAGUGCAGAAAGUGGACUUGAGUCUUUACCCGUCUUGUCAAAGCAUCUUCCUGCUUGGAAAAUGUUGAGCAAAUGGAGUGGUGAGACGGCGCCCUCUGCUGGAUGCACUAACCACUGCACUCUUCUUGCCACUUUCGAAUUAAGUUCACUUUCAAAAGCAGUAAUUACCCAAUUUCUCCGGACUAUACAGAGAAUCAGGAUAAAAAUAAAUAUAUUUUUCCAUAUAUUAACCACAAAUAAAUAGGUUGUGAGAUUAAUUAUUUACGCAGGAAUAUGUGUAAAUGUAUAUUUAUACACUAAUUGGUGUCCAUCACAAGGCAGUAAAACGGCUGAUCACACAAAACAGAAGUCUUCAUCAAUGGACCCACUCGCUCUCCAAUCAGUUAAAAAAAAACAACUCCACGGUUGAAACAAUACUAAAAAAAAAAUGGCACUUGUAAACGUGUUAGCAUUUUGGUUCACGUUAGCGACGGCAGCUUGAUUACAUUCCGAUGGCGUGUACGAAUACCGUAUUUCCUUGAAUUGCCGCCGGGGCGCUAAUUGAUUUAAAACCUCUUCUCACUCCUGCGCUUACCAAAGGCAUGCGGUAAAAGUAAGCAUGCGCUAAUUAUUUUAAAACCUCUUCUCACUCCGGCACUUACCAAAGUUAUGCAGUAAAAAAAUUGAGUGUGAUGUAAGCUUGGACCUUAAAUCCUACUGAAUAGCUCUCAAUCUUCUUCCCUUUAUGCGAUUUCAUAUUACCGGUAUUGAAAUCAGCCUCCUCCAUUUUGAAAAUGAUGACAGGGGAAGUGUCACUUGUUUGACCCGUCGGUAAUACUAAGCAUGCGCUAAAUAUUUUGUGAAGCGAGUUUUAGCCGGCAGUAAUUCAAGGCAGCCGCAUACUACAUGACCUGCUGUAAUUCAAGGAAAUAAUGUAUCCCUGAAAAAAACAGUCCUGCAGACAUCACACAUGGGGACACUUUAGUCAGUAUGAGUAGUUUUAGUUAUAUUGUAAAACCUACAAACAUCGUUCGGAGUGACAAAAGAAGAGUCUGUACGAGUAGGAACGCCAUGGACGGCUAGAAUACGGAACAGCACUUGUGUAAAGCGCUAAUCAGAAGGAAAUGAUGUCAACUUUCAUCCCGCAGAACCCGCCGUAGCACAAACAAUAACACAACCUUUCAACCGCACGUCUUAUAAGCCGCAGGGGAAAAGCGAAGGGAAAAAGCAGCUGCUUAUAGUCCGGGAUUUAUGGUAUUUAAAAUCACAAAAGAGAUAUGAAAUGGACGAUAACGCCGGGGAAUUAAGUUUGGAUGACAACUUUGUCUUUUGUAUGAAUAUUUACCGGCUUUUGUGGAAACACUCAAGGUUUUGUGCUUAGUUCUGCUGUACUUCAGUUGAAGUGUACUUCAAAGUACACGAGUGUGCACAUUGAGACUUAUCCUUAGUUUUUUUGUUGACCAUUUCUGUUAAUUGCUCUUAUUUUAAAGACAGAUGUUGGGCUGAGCAAUUAACUUUGCUGGUUCUUUGUUUUGUUUUUCAUACCUCGUGUUUUCUUCUCUGAAUGUCUUUACACGCAGAAAGUGUGUAGAAAUGUAAAUAUUGUUUUUUUUUACCUGCUCAAUGUGGAGCUGGGAUGUUUUGGUAAUAGUCCGCACUUGUUGGAAAAAAGAGUUUACAGGUCAGUCGGGCAUUUAUUUCAAUCACUGACUUAUUAAUAUUGUCGUGCUAUAAACAUCCAUCACUCAUCAAGUCUGCGGUCAUGACGCAACGCAAGACGUCCAUUAUUUUGAAAAUCUGGACUUUAAUUUCCUCCCCGCAGUCAAGCAAAGUGAGUUUAUCUUAGUUUGUAGUUCUUGAUGUCCUUGUGGUGGAGGUGCGUGCAGAGAAUGAAUGUGGGCCCCGGGGCAGAGAAUGAAGGUGGCCCCGGGGACACAACUGACGGGAUUUGACGGCUUCGGUGUUGGGACCGGAAAUCAUUCUGCGUUGCAAAUAUAGCAGAGGAAAACUUUUUUGUGUGUGUUUAGUUUCAUCCGAACUACUGAGAGUCUUUGUGCGUCGCUAACCCUGCUGAUGUAAAUAUAGAAAUAUACUUUAUUUUGUUUUAUAAGAGUUUGUGUAAGUUAAAGAUGUACAUUUCACUGUUUUGUGGGUUUUAUUCUGAAAAAAACAACAAAUAAAUCGGUUGUGUUAACUGCA